AUUAAUCUAGAAACUCACAAACAAAACAAAAAAAGUGAGGUCAACAAUAUUUUAACAAAUUAAUACAUAAAUAAAUUUAAAAAAGUAAAAAAAAAAUAAAGAAUAUCUUUAAAACAAGCCAUAUUUUAACACAAAUUUGCAAACGUCAACACAAGUUGUAGACAUAAAAUUUUAAACAACAAAAAAAAAAGUUUAAACAAAAUUGCUUAUAACUUGUGAAACUCUUUUUGUUUUGUAACAAAAAAAGUGGUUGGAAAAAAAGUAUUGAAAACCCCACCUUUACCGCAAAAAAAAACCAAGCAAAAAGAAUUUAACCAGUUUGAUAUUAUCCAAAAACAAGUUUUUUUAUAAUAUUUCUUUCUACUUCAAAAAGGCCUCGUGGUCUUCCAUAACGUAUAACAAAAUAUAUAUAUGUACAACCAAUGAAAUAAAUAUAUGUAAUAUAGUAGUUAUAUACAUAUCUACAAUACAAAUAAAUCUUGUAUCUUUUGUACUGUAUUCUGUACUCGUCGUCAUCGCCUUACUCUUCUGGCUCGGACUCUGUUGCUGAUGAUCUUUUUUUUGGUUUUAUUGUUUUCGUUCAAACCAGUUAAAAUAAGAAGAAACUGAAACUAAAAUCUAUGAAAAGAAACAUGUUUCCUAAACAAACAUCUACAACAAAAGCAAUAAAUACAACAAUAACACCAUAAAAAAAUGCAAAUUUUAAAAAGAAUUUCUUGAUAUUAAGAGAGAAAAAGUGUUAAAAAAAGAGUAACACAUUCCUACAACUCUCUCUUAACUAAACAAAGAGCACUUGUUUUAUAGCAAAUUGAGUCUAUCGAGAGUUAAAGAGAGAAAGAGAGAGAGUUUAAAAAAAUGCAUGAACUGUUGACAAAAGUACUCUCGAAACGUGAUCUAUCCAGAGCUGGUGAUUUAUUUUCUGUGCCAGACAAUGAUAUUGUCAAUGAUAUCUCAGAAGUGCUCUCCGACAUAAACGCCAUUAUUUCGUUGGCAGACUAUUUAAAAAACAAUAAUGAUCAGUCGGUGGUUGAGAUUUGUGUUACACGAGUUUUAUCCUGCAUACGUGAAACGAAGACAGCGCAACGUUAUUGCAGCGCCCUGAUCGAUUUACUUAAAACCUGUUUACUUUGGAAUCUCCAGCCUAGCGGUAGCAGUAAAGAUGAUCCUCCACAUGCGAAAAUUGCGGCCGAUAUUAUAUCGAGUAUAUUUUUGAAUUACGACAAGAAAGACGUCAUGAAAUUAGCCCUACCCAUGGCUGUACAAUUUCUGCCCAAAGGAAAUCGUGAACUCUCACGUAACUUAGCAAGUUAUCUCUCAUUGGCCGCUAUCGAUUAUGCCUAUCUGCUAAGUCCCCAUAUUGAUUCCAUAAUCAAUUCCAUAUUAGCUGGUAAUUAUGGUCUACUACGUGUACUCUCGCAAAUCUAUGAAGUGUCACCCGAUACAGUGUCACCGCAUGCACCCCAGUUAGUAGCACUGCUGCCAGAAUGUGAUUCUCAAGAAAGACUAGCCGUAUUUCAAUUGUAUCUAUUAAUAGCACAACGUACACCCUUAGUUUUAGAAUCAUGCAUCUCACCGUUGUGUGAAUUUCUCUACGAUAGCGAAACAGCGAUAACGACAAUGCAAAUACUAUUGAAAUUAGCUGAGCAGCGACCAUUAUUGGUGGCAGAACAUUUUGAUAAAAUACGUUUGGCCACCAAAACCAAUCCGAAUACGGUGACAUUGGGUGCGCAGGUUCUGGCAACGGCGGGACGUACAAAUAAGGAAAAUGCACAAUAUGCAUUGGAUUUUGUUUUAGAACAAUUGCCUCAUGCCGAUAGAACAUCACAGGCUGUGCUAUUGCAAGAGGCUACAAAAUUGUGUUCAUCAUUUCCCAUACUGUUUACGGAUAAAGUGUUGGCUUGUGUUAGACAAAAGAAUGCUUUAAGCCAGCAAAAAUUAUCUUCUUCAGAGACUAGUGUUGAUGUUGGUACCAAAACCUGUGGUGGUGUUACCAUAGUCAAUCUGAAUAGUUCCAACGAUCAGACUGCUGCUGCCAACCAACCCACUGCCGCCAAAGCUUCGGGUGUAGUGGUUAAUACUUUAGCUGCCAAUUCAUCAGCUCAACGUUCUACCAUUAUUAGUGCUGAUCCAGCCACUAGCACAACUACCGUCUCAGUGGCUGCCUCAAACUCCCACACUACCACUGGCCGCAGCCAUAAAAGCAAACAGAGUCGUAGUAGUCCUAGCAGUCCCAAGGAUCCCUAUAGGAGAACCAUAACCACGGGAAAUAUAAAAAUACGUAAGUUGUUGUUGUCGAUAUUAAUUUUUCCAAAUUCAAUCAAUCUUAACUCUACUACUUUCCUUCUUUCAGCAUCAUCAUCGGCCAACACUACUACUAGCACUCAUCCAAAUAGUAAUCAACCUCCCGCCACAUCAACAACAACGGUACCACCAACACCUCCCCAUACCGGAUACACAAGACGUGUUAAGUUGGGAGAUUCACGCAGUACUGGACGCCUACAUCCUGCGGGUAAUACACAUCGUAGUAUGACACGCCUAAAUGUAGCUGGAGGUUCUGUAGGAGGUUUACACAAAAGUAUGACACGUCUUAGUUCUUCACAACAUAUCAAUCAAAAUGGUUCUGCUUCAGGUUCAGGUUCCAAUACGGCAAACAAUUCAACAUCCAGUAGUAAUGUGGUGGUACAAAGCGGUGCCAUAUUAAAAACUCCCACAACACCCAAUAGUCCAGGCUAUGUGACUCCGGUACCGCCGCUAAGCAAUAAUGUUAUUAUAACGGGUCACAAUAAAUGGGGUAUACCCUCGACACAGGUAACAUCAGGAGGAGUAACGGUAACAACAUCACCCACCAAACUAAGACCACAAUCACAAGGACCCACUACUUUACUGAAUACCAGUACAGCCUUAUUGAAAUAUAGUACCGAUGCCCUUAAUCAAUCUAUAGGUUCAAUAACAUCACCUUCCAAUCCGGUUUCCGUACAUCAUGCCUCUCCAGCAUUGCCGCAACAGAAUAAUGGUAAUCAAAAAUCUGUGAUGAAGUUACCAGUGAAUGGAAGUAGUGAUCAUGAAGUUAUAGUUUCCGGACCCACCACCAAUGUUACCCCGCGCCGCAAUGACAAUACCAGUCGCACUCUAUUGAAUGCCAAUAACAGCAUAUUAGAUCAACGUAUGAGUACAUUUGAGCCCUACCAGAUCAUGCGUGAUCCGGUGCAACAAUUCUGUGAAAAACAUUUUACUUCCAUAAGCAGUUAUAUGGAUGAGGUAUCGCAAAUGUUGCCACCACCUACACGUUGCAGUAUAGAAGUUUCCAAUGAAUUUGCAGAGAGGCGUUCGAAAAAAGUAGCCAAGCUACAUUUUGCCUGUCAAAUCCGUGGUCCCCAUUGUCUGUACUCGAAAACCUGUUUUACCAUGAGAACACGUAAUCCAAAAACCUGGAUACAUUUAAUGUUUUUAGAUUUUCAAGUGAGACAUUAUGUUAAGGAAAAAAGUGUGCUCAGCACCCGCGAACCAGGCAUCAGUAAUUUAAAAAAUAUUUGGCAAAUACUCAAGUGUGAAAAUCGCAGUUUUACUGAAUUAGUCACCAGUCAAUUUCCUAGCAUAAAGGAUCGUGAAAUUCUCGUCAAUGAAUUAAGACAUUCGGGCUUCCUAGAUGUAUUCGAAGUCUCAAAGACUGAUAAAUCUAAUCCAAAUUGUAAUGAAUUAGAAUACCAAUGGGGUUGUUUUCUUUGCAAUCAUCCCGAUAAAGCGGUAGGUUUUCUCAAUGGCAGCAAUCAACCCAUGAUCGAGGGACAACUUAAGGAGAAAAAAGGCAAAUGGCGUUUGUUUCGAAGAUGGCGUACACGCUAUUUUACACUGUCGGGAGCACAUUUAUCAUGUAAAGGAUCGAGCGGUGGUGAGAGCAUCGAUGUCAAUCAAAUACGUUCCGUUAAGGUAUCGCGCGGCGCACGCAAUAUACCCAAAGCUUUUGAAAUUUUUACUGCCGAUCAGACUUUAAUACUCAAACCAAAAGAUGGUAAAAAUGCCGAAGAAUGGGUACAAUGUCUGAGCAUAGUGGUGGCUCAUUCUCAGGCCCGCGAUAAUCCACAAACAAAAACCAAUAGUUUACCGGCUCGUGGCAUGAGCAGUAGUAAACCUUCAUUUUGAGAUUUUAGACAUUUAGAGAAUUUAAGUUUUUUAUUUUAAUUUUUUUUUUAAGUAUAAAUACUUUAUAAAAGUUUUUGUAUUUAAUUUAUCUUUUAAUUUAAUUAUGUUUUUUAUACUUUAUUUAAACGAUUAUUAUUGAUUUAAACUUCAAAGUAGAAAGAAACUUAGAAACUGAACUUAAGUAUGUUUGAAGAAUUUGUGUACUUAAUAUUGUUUUGUUUUUAAUUUAAGUCGUAAUUAAGUUAAUA